AGGUCAAAUUAGAGCACCGCAAAAACAAAUGAGUUGGCAUCGUUUCACUGGCAAGCCUUCGUAGUUUUGUAAGGUUGACCAUCACAUUUCCUUCAUAUUGAGAGCAUCUUAGUAUGUGCUAUUUUUAUUUGCAGAUUAUAGAAUAAUCAACUAAAAAUGCGGUGAAAUCACUGGAUGAUCAAUAACAUCAAGCUUAAUUAAAUUUAAUUCAUAUUUGUGUAGUAAGGACAGCAGGCCUACGGCCUAUGUUAUUGAUUUUCCAGUAUGCUUUUGUGAGUUUAUAGUCUUCUAUUGAAUGGGUUAAUUGAAGGUGCUAACACUACUGCUUCGGGCAACAGGUUCCAAGAAUUGACCACUCUGUGUAAAAACCUGUAUGCCUCAGGUAUUUUGUUCUUUCUUGGCUUUUCUACUCGCCUUCUGUGUCCUCUGAGUUGUCCCCAUCUGGUAGGAAGAAGAGGAAAAAAUAUAUUGGGUGCAAAGUCAUUUCUUAGUAUUCUAUGCAUCGUGAUCACAUCAACUCUUAAUCUGCGGUAGGGUAAAGAGGUCUAGCUUUGCAAGCCGCUCUUUGUAUGGUAAACCCCGGAGUUCUGAAGUUGCACGGGUAGCUGCCCUAUGUACUUUUCCCAGGAUGUCUGAGCCACCUUUUGAACAGGAGCUUCCUGCCUGGACACUUCCCAUGUUUAGUUCUCACUAAAGUUGCAACCUUAGUUUACACAUGUGUAUACUGUAGUGAACAUAGUAGUGUCUAACUUGGUGAAUAUCCGUCUUAAGGCCUAUAGGGUUCUAAACCACUAAGCUUUAACUUCACGGUAGUGGGUUGUGGUCCUAAGAUCAUGACUCAAUGUCAUCCCAAGAUCCUUGUGAGACCGGACUACUGGUACAGGCACUCCUCCUACUCUGUACCUAUUUUCCUUUGUGUCCCCAAAGUGCAUGUAGACACACUUGGCCGCGUCGAUAAGCAUCAAUCAAUUUUUAAACCAGUUUGGCACCUUAUCAAAUGCUUUGUUGAAGUCUAUGUGGAAAACACCCACUGAUUUUCCAUUAUCUAGAGUGUAUCCAUUUCUCUCAUGCUAUAAGGUGAUUUGUUGUGCAAGAUAAAUCUUUCCUGAAACGAUGUUGUUCACUGUUUAAUAAGUUGUUGCUUUCCACGAAUGCCAUUAUGGUCUUUUUGGUCAUUCUUCCCAGUAUUUUAACUACUACACUGGUGAGACUGACAGGUCUGUAGUUUGAUGAAAGUUGGCUUGAUCCUGUUUUAUGUAUUGGAGUGAUAAUUGUAUCCUUCCAGUCUAUAGGCAACUUACCUUGGCCAAGUCACAUUGAAUAUCGUAGUCAAUGGGGCAGCAAUAUAAUGUGCUGAUAAAUUGGCUAAUUUUAAAAUCGUGACUGUGAACAAACAAACAUCGUAAUCAUAAUGUCGACCAAAGGUGAUAAAGCUGUUGAAAGACAAAUGCAAAUGUUUGAAAUCGAAAUGAUGCAACAAGUAUUUACCAGUAUGACAAGUAGCUGUCUAGCUAAAUGUAUUCCAUCUAAUUAUAAUGAUGGUGAUCUAACUAAAGGUGAAGCAGUUUGUUUAGAUAGAUGUGCCUCAAAAUUUAUGCAAGCGUAUAUGCAAACUACUAAGAAGUUGUCUACAAUGGCAUCAUCAGACCCGAAAGUGGUAACUAGUAACUAGACUUUUUCAGGAUAUACUCUGGAAAAACUUCGCUUUCUAAACUGAAAAUUUAGAUGUAAAGAAACAUAUCCUUGUUUUCUGUAUUAUAUCGCAAUUGUAAAUUAGUUGUAUUUUUAAAAUACAACUAUGUCA